AGUCGGUUUGCGUAGUGAUUGAAUAUGUCUACGAAUUGUAUUGAGCUUCGCGUUGCCCGCCCGAAUGAAGAAGAUCUCGUUUUAAAUGUCUUGCGUACUAUCUAUUACCCGGAGGAAUCCAUAACCAUUUCUUAUGUGCACGGAAAACAACCGACUGCCGAUGAUGAACGUUUCUCUCUGUCGUUUGUCGCCCAAGGUAUGGUGGUACUGGCCGAAGACAAGAAUGCUGGAACAAUCGUCGGCAUUUCGAUUGCUGGUCCAAUUGAGCCAGGCGAUCCGGACCGUAUGAUCGAGGAAGCUGCCACAACGGAGACCAAGAAAUGGGCGGAUAUUUUGAAACUGUUGGCACUUUUAGAGCGGACAGCCGACGUUUGUGGACGGUACGGAAUUAAAAAGGCUUAUCAUGUGCACAUUUUAGCGGUAGACCCAGCCUGUAGAGGUCAAUCGUUGGGACUUCGAUUGAUGCAAUUUCAAAUGGAUCUGGCGCGAAAAUUUUGUUUUGAUGCGAUUAGUGCAGAUUUCACUAGUAUUUACUCUGCUAGACUCGCUGACAAGUUGGGGAUGGAAACUAUUAGUCAGCUGUCUUUGGCUGAUUAUCGAGACGAAAAUGGUGAUAAGCUUUUUUGUCCUCAGGAGGCUCAUAAGCUGAUAAAAACAUGUGUUAAAAUUUUGCAUUAG